ACGGCCUCUGCCCAAAUCGACGAAGGAGAAGCGAGACGACGAUAUUAUGUUGACCAACGACAGCAGCAUUGUAUCUAAAAGAAGCGUAGUAAAACUCUAUAAUGCUGAUCACCCGGACUUCUUUCGCCCAUUCGUGGGGAAGCACCACCGCCGGAACCCUCUCAUUAACCGUGGUUACUGGCUUCGCAUGAGAGCCGUCGAGCACACUGUCAAAAACUUCCUCCAAGAACCCUCUGACCGAGAAAAGGUCGUCAUUAAUCUUGGCUGCGGGCAUGAUCCCCUGCCUUUCAUCCUCUUACACAAAUAUCCUGAACUGGCGGGAAAGGCCACCUUCGUCGAUGUAGACUAUCCGCAGCUAAUGCACAAGAAAAGAGCUUGCAUCGCCCGGGAUGACGAGCUCCAAACAAUUUUUCCCUUCCUGAAGUCCGGGACGACUCCAACGCCCGACCUCUGGAAAGCUGGGCCGUAUCUUGCUGUGGGAUGUGAUCUGCGCCAGCUAUCACAUUUGCAGCGUAUCCUCGAAGAGCAGGUGCAAAUUCACGACCGAGCCGUGCUUUUUGUUGCCGAGGUGUCCAUAGCAUACAUGGACGUUAAGAGCGCGGAUUCGGUUAUCACUUGGGCUAGCUACUUCAAAGACGCCCGGUUUUGCAUCCUUGAACAGACGCUGCCGGACGGCCCAAACCAUCCCUUCGCCAAGACUUUGCUUAGCCACUUUGCAAAGCUCCAAGCUCACUUGAAGGUUGUCUACGAGUACCCGACGCUGGGUGCUCAAAAGCGCCGCUUUCUGAAUAUCGGAUGGUCCCAAGUUGACGUAAGAUGUCUAUGGGAACUGUGGGCAGACGAGGAUUUUAUUAAUGCUGCUGACCGCAAAGCUCUUGAUAAAAUCGAGCCGUUUGACGAAUGGGAAGAAUUCGCACUUUACGCUAACCACUACCUCUUGUUGGUUGCCAGGACAGAGGCCGCUGCGAUCGAGUCGAAGAGCGCUACCGCUGGCGCACAGGAACCAAAAGCUGUGGAAAUUCCUAUCCAAGCUCGAGCAAAAUUAGAGAAGACAACUCAUACUCAAGACCAAACAGUUUCCCGGCGUUUCGGUGCUCUAUUCCACAUCGGUCAAAAUCUUCACCACCACGGCGGCUACGGAGCGCAGACGCGACUACACGACUGUGACGUAUAUUCUGCGACAGGCGAGUUCGAGGGUCCCAAGGAGCUGCCAGCCAAACUUCCCUUGAUGUGCCAUACCAUUACCAAUUUAAACGAUCAUGAAUCACUCCUCGUCUGCGGAAGGGCUUCGCCGAGCAGAGCGGCAUCUGAGUGCUGGUUGCUCACAAACCAGACAUAUAGCCGCGUCGACGACCUCAGCCCUGCAAGAUACAGGCACUGCGCAGCGCCCAUACUUCUGCCAGCUGAGGGCAUCACGGAGCAAGGCGUGCUCGUUUUCGGUGGCAAGAUCGGCACCGGCAAGGUCCUACGAGAUUGGUGUUUCUGGAGCAACGAGCGCGGCUGGCAGUCCGUUCAAUCCGAUGAUCUUUUGCCUGCGCCAAGGUUCGGUGCUGCGAUGGCCGUCUUCGAGGGCUCCACGACGUCCGGUGUGCUGAUGGGCGGUAUGACGUCGGAUGGGCUAGUGAUCGGCGAUAUCUGGGAGUGGCGCCUCCACUGGGACAACGGCGUUCACGUCACUUGCAAGAACCGCACGGAUGAGCUGGGGCAAAUCAAGAACCUGGAGUACGGCAGGUUCGGAGCUAACUUAGUCCCUUGCCCUGAACUAGGGGAAGCUUCUUUCCUGCUGAUCGGCGGCAUCGCUAAGGACCGCCUCCAAAGGAGGGAGGAUGAAAUAAUUGUCAUCAAGAUUCAUGAAAAGCUUUCCGUCUCCAGACUCAGCUUACCUCAGCCUGAAAGUUUGCGCCCGCUAUUCGUAGGGGUAGAGUCAGCUAGGCUUUCAGGAAACAAGAUCUUGCUGGCUGGUGGAGGUGCCGUAUGCUUUGCAAUGGGCAGUUUCACUAACACUAGUAGCUCGGUGCUGACAAUUAACCCCGCGAUUCCUGAGGAAAUAGCCCCAGAUCCCGUGGCCAAAGCCAAAUCAGGGGAAGAAGUUUGCCCCACAACCGAUCCCACGGAACUAAACGUCACUGACGUAAAGCGAGUCAGGGUGGGGACGGAGGAAGACUUUGACGAUCUCAUCUCCAAAGGCCAACCGGCCAUCAUCGAAGGUCUGAAUGUUGGUGCCUGCACGCAGCUCUGGACGCCAGAAUAUUUGAAGGAGCGCCUUGGGUCCGAGCGCCACGUCAUCGUAGACUCGAAUCCUACGGAGAAGAUGACGCCCAUGACCAAGAGCCUCUCUUCCAUCGAGCAGCCAUUUGGCGAGUUCAUGGACAGCGUCAGCGCGGGCGGGACAACGUACCUGCGCUCCGUCGUGGACAAGCAGCCCACGAAAUUGCACGACGACCUCCCCACGCUGGCACCCGACUUCCAGCUUCCAUCCGCGCUUAGCCGGGUCGCACGUAGACUGCACAGCUCGCCGCUGUGUAUUUCGGGCGCUGUCGCGCCGUGGCUGCAUUACGACGUGCUAGCCAACGUCGUCUUCCAGAUCCGCGGGACCAGGCGGCUGCGGCUGUUCGCGCCGGCGGAUGCGCCGCAAUUGGCGUACGCGCCGGGAGCCAGCAGCAGCGACGCCGACGCCUUCGCGUCGGAGCUGGCGCGCACGCUGCGUCCCCUCGAUGCACGUCUGCGCCCCGGAGACGCGUUGUUCCUGCCUCCGGCGUGGAGUCACGGCGCGCGGCCUGAGGACGGGCCCAGCAUCGCGGUCAAGUGCUUCUGGCGUGACCUCGAGCCCGGUACGUACGCUGCAGGCGGGGAUGUGGCGGGCUACGAAGAGGGUCGCAAGGCCAUUGAUCGCGUCGCGCAGGCAUUCGAGGGCUUGCCGCGUGGGCUGCGGGUGUUUUACGCAAGUCGGAUGGCUGCAGAGUUGAAGGAGAGGGUGGAGAUGGGGAGGUAGGAGAUAGAUAGUACAAUGGUCGGAGGGGCAGAUAUUGUAUAAUUUACAUGCCCCCCGUGAGAAACGCAUCCAACCGCAAACGCAGCCUCUGGACCCACCUCCGGAGUGAUCUGGGGGGAGCGCUUAGAAGGUAGCGCUGCCCCUCGUGAGUAAUAUCGCCUAGCCACGAGCGCAGUCUCCGC